GGGGACACUGGGGAUACUGGGGACAGCACAGGGUCACCAAGGGCACCACCAUGAUGGUCACUCACUACUUCCUGCCCAGCGAGGACGGCCCCGCGCCCGACGACGAGGCCUCGGGGGUCCCGGACCACUCCCAGCUGCGCCGCCAGGAGCUGCAGCCGGGCACGGCCUACAAGUUCCGCGUGGCCGGGCUCAACGCCUGCGGCCGCGGGCCCUUCUCGGAGCUGUCGGCCUUCAAAACCUGCCUGCCCGGCUUCCCCGGGGCGCCCUGCGCCAUCAAGAUCAGUGCGUCUGAAAUGGGUCUGGGGGCUGCCCCACACCUGGGGGUCCCUGUGGGAGUGAGUAUGGACAGUGCCAGGGGUGGUGUGAGGGUCUCUGACCACAAGGGCUACGGCCCGGCCACCCAGGUGUGGGGGCUGCCAGAUGGGGCUGGGGGCUCUGAAUUGAGUCUGGGGGCUCUGAAAUGG